UCAACUUACAAAUUUUAGUGCGUAGUGCGUUAAUCUGUUUCUUAUCGUUAAGAAGUGGACGGAAAAAUUGAAUUUGAAAAUGAAAAUAAUUGCCAUUCUCCUUUUGGCUUUGGCUUUAAGCAAUGCAGCCCCCUUUGAUCAAGACGGCAACGUCAAAGCUAAACGAGGUCUUCACUUAGAUGUUGGCUAUCAUGCUCCGUUAGUUACCCAUUCAGCGCUAGUGGCCCCGGCAGCAGCUCUUGUUCAUCACGAACCAACUCUACUGACUCAUGGAUCUCUACUAGCACACGCACCUGUCUAUACCACACAUCACGUUUUGCCCACUUAUGCUCACACACUUCAUCAUUACUAACUUGCGCAAUAAAUUUCAUUGAAUUCCUAAAAAGCAAUCAAUAUAAGUACCUGCCCGAGUAACUACAAAACAACAUCGAUAACU